CGUAAUUUACAACUUUACCCUCAAAACUCUAUUUUGCUCCGUCGUUCCCCCCACAGCAGCAAAGAGCCUCACUUUCUUCUCCGAUAGUUGUUCACUCGUAUGUAAAACUUGAAUCCGCUUCUCAUGACCCUUUUGAGUUACCUACACUGUAACCCCUCAAAGUCUUUACCUUUCCAGAGAUUUCGCUAUCCUUUGAUUAGUGCACACAAGCUGUUCGAUGGAAGUUCCCAAAGAAACGCAACAACCUACAUUAACCAUACAAUCAGUGAAGCCUUGCGGAGAAGCUCUCCUUCGCAAGCUCUUGCGAUCUUCACUAAGAAUCUCCAGCUGGGGCUUUCUGGUCGUAGUAAUAUAAACGAGGUCACUUUUUGUCUAGCUCUUAAAGCAUGUCGUGGAGACACGAAACUUGGUUGCCAAGUCCACGGGUUUUCGAUAACCUCUGGUUUCACUUCCUUUGUAUGCGUUUCGAACGCUGUAAUGAGUAUGUACCGAAAGGCCGGUCGGUUUGACAAUGCUUUGUGCAUAUUUGAGAGUCUGGUUGACCCUGAUGUUGUUUCUUGGAACACUAUGCUCUCUGGGUUUGACGACAAUCAAGUUGCUCUUAACUUUGUUGUUAGGAUGAGAUCAGAAGGAGUAGUUUUCGACGCGUUUACUUAUUCAACCGCUCUUUCCUUCUGUGUGGGGUUUGAAGGGUUUAGUUUAGGAUUGCAGUUGCAUUCUGUUGUGGUGAAAACGGGACUUGAGAGUGAUGUUGUCGUUGGGAACUCGUUUAUAACAAUGUACUCGCGUGGUGGAAGUUUCAGAGAUGCUAGGAGAGUUUUCGAUGAGAAGGUUGUUAAGGAUAUGAUUACAUGGAACGCUUUAUUGUCAGGACUUUCUCAAGCAGGGAAUCUCGGGUUUGAGGCAGUGCUUGUGUUUAGGGAGAUGAUGAGAGAAGGUGUGGAGCUUGAUCACGUGUCUUUUACUAGCGUGAUUACCACUUGUUGUCACGAAAAUGACCUGAAGCUUGCCAGGCAAAUCCAUGGUUUGUGCUUAAAAAGAGGCUACGCAACGCUUGUUUCUGUUGGUAAUAUGUUGAUGUCGAGUUACUGGAAGUGUGGGGUUGGAGAAGAUAUGGAAUCAGUGUUUGACCAGAUGAGCGAGAGGAAUGUUAUCUCUUGGACAACGAUUAUUUCCGCGAAUAAAGAUGAUGCCGUGUCCAUCUUUCGUAAGAUGAGGUUAGAUGGAGUGUACCCAAACGAGGUCACAUUUGUUGGAUUGAUCGACGCUGUUAAGUGCAAUGAACAAAUCAAAGAAGGGCUUAAGAUUCACGGGAUGUGCAUCAAGAAUGGUUUUGCUUCGAAGCUUGGCAACAGUUUCAUCACAAUGUACGCCAAGUUCGAGGCUCUGGAAGAUGCCAAGAAGGCGUUCGAUGAGAUAAACAUCCGGGAGAUUAUUUCCUGGAACGCUAUGAUCUCUGGAUACGCUCAAAACGGAUUCUCACUCGAAGCUCUCAAGACGUUCUUAUCAUCAGCGGCGGAAGCAACGCCGAAUGAGUACACUUUCGGAAGCGUGCUAAACGCAAUAGCUUCUGCAGAGAAUAUAUCUCUGAGGCAUGGUCAGCGUUGCCAUGCUCAUAUACUGAAGUUGGGUUUAAACAGCUGUCCCGUUGUUUCCAGCGCGCUUCUUGAUAUGUACGCCAAGCGUGGGAGCAUCGAUGAAUCGGAGAAAGUCUUUCACGAGAUGUCUGAAAAGAACCAGUUUGUUUGGACAUCGAUAAUCUCGGCCUAUUCAAGCCACGGAGAUUUUGAAUCCGUGAUGAACUCGUUUCAAGAGAUGGUUAACGAGAACAUAGCACCAGACCUGAUCACGUUUCUGUCUGUGUUGACAGCUUGUAACAGAAAAGGUAUGGUAGACAAAGGCUACGAGAUUUUCAGCUCGAUGACCAAAGACUACUACCUUGAGCCGUCUCAUGAGCACUACUCGUGUAUGGUCGACAUGCUUGGCCGAGCUGGGAGGUUAAAAGAAGCAGAGGAGCUUAUGAGUGGUGUUCCUGGAGGACCAGGAGUGUCGAUGUUGCAGAGCAUGCUGGGGUCUUGUAGGCUGCACGGGGACUCUAAAAUGGGAGAAAAGGUGGCUGAGCUUGUUAUGGAGAUGGAACCGGAGUUGUCUGGUUCUUAUGUUCAGAUGUAUAACAUCUUUGCAGAGACAGGACAGUGGGAAAAGGCUGCGGAGGUUAGGAGAAAGAUGAGGAAGAAGGAGGUGAGGAAAGAAAGAGGAACCAGUUGGGUUGAUUUUAUUGACAGUGACGGUUCUUUGACGACGCAGGACUUCUCUUCAGGUGAUAAGUCUCAUUCGAAAUCUGAUGAGAUUUGUAGAAUUGUGGAAACACUUGGAUUGGAGAUGAAUAUGGAGGAGGAGGUUGCAUUUUCAGAGUUGUUUAAUGAAGGUUGAAGUUGAAAAUCAAAAUUUUAUAAACGUUAGUUGUAGGAAGACACUGAAUGAGAGUAUACAUGUAUCAUGCUAAACCGGUUUAACAUGGUCUUCAGAUUUAGACCGGUACGAUUGUUGUUUCUUAAGCUAAUGAAGCCAUAACAGAAUAUGAUAGCUUUAAGGUAUGAGUUUGAUGUG